UUCAUAUCCAAUGAGACCCCGCCCUGUCCACCGUGUACUGCUGACCGUCUCUCUCAUCUGUCUGUACAGUUGCGGUCGCGCCUUCUCGCGCUAGCUUCCAUGGCGACCAACUAGGGAAAAAAAACGUUUUCUCAUCUCGACCAGCCGGUUAGCUCCCUUAAAGCGAGCUAACGGGCGUGUUACGAAAUGGGAUGAUGUAGCGGAGCAACUCUUUGGACGAACCGCGCAGUACUUUAGCAUGCUAAGCUAACGGGGAGCCGUGUACACAUUUGCCAGGAGAACUAGCCAGCAACCAGAGCAGGGCGAGCUAACUGCUGUAAGCUAACGGAGGCUAGCAUUCACCUGCAGGCUGUUCUAACUGGCGCCGCCGUUGCUAGCUAACAGGAUGGAAAGUGCGAAGGAAAACGAGCCUGGGGCGCCUUCAACCUCAACAACACCACAGGGGGUACUCGAUUCUGGCAGUGACAGUAAUUCCGUCAAGCCAAGUGGAUUAACACCGCUGUCUGCGGGGAAGAGACCCUCAAUCGGGGAGGAUGACGGUGGGGGCGCAGAGGCGAAACUCUUCGGGAAGGGACUCGCAGCCACCUCCCUUCUCCAGAUUGCGAUAAGGAACGGGAUCUAUCAGAACCAAGUUGCCAACGCUAUCGGCGGUGCGGCCAAAAAUAUGAACAUUCCCGCCGUUAAAACAGCCAACAUCUACAGCCUGACAUCAGUCAACAGCACCACUUCUGUCAACUCUUUGCUGAGCAGGAGACGACAGAGACAUAAGAGGAACCUAUCGCUGGGGGCUCCGCCGACCAGCAGCUCGCCCGGCGUGUCCUCUGCUGAGACGACCAGUGCCGCGCCCUCGGUGUCGCCGCUGAGCACCCUCAGUCUGGAUAGGAAGACUUUCCUUCGGCAGAAGCAGUCCAAGCAGCUCCAGGCCUCCGAUAAGACAUGGGUGAGAUCGGACCUCCGGCGGGGCUGCAUUCACGUCCAUGACUGGCUCACGCCCUCCUACCCGCGGCCGGUGCUGUGCACAGUGGACACCACUGCCUCAGAGGUAGCCAGUAAGCUGGAAGGGAGCAAAGCUGGGGCUGUGUUGAGAAUUAACUGCAAAACUGCUGCUGUAAUUGACUUAAGUGAUAACUGUAAAGAUAGUAAUGGUCAUGCUGAUGAAAUCAAAAGUCUUAGUGACAGUGUGGAUGUGAAAAACCCCAAAGCAGAAGAGAAUGAACAAACAAAACAGUAUUAUCCUGAUACUAAACUGUCCUCUAACUUGUUGGAUGAUAAAACUGCAAGUAACUCUUCAUCUGAGCUCUGUCUCAAUGACAUUGGGGUGGAUUUGAGCCUGAGUGUGGCAGACUGUUAUGGAGUCUACUCAGGUUCAGAUAUGGAGAGCAGCACCUGUGAGGACUUCAGCCCAGGUGGACCCAGAAGCACAGAGCUCCGGGACUCGCUCAGUGAAGGGCAGGGUUUGGGAACAGACUCCUCAGUGGUGAGCCCAAAUUGUGACAGUGCCACAGAGGGACCUGACCCGUUCGAGAGCUCCUCAGAUGAAGUAGAUCUCACUUCUUCUCCAACACAUUCAAGCAGCAACUCUGCUGCAGACCUGCCCGCCACAGACCCCUGCAGUGCUUCCAGCCAAGUUACAGCCACACUAGAUGACACCGAAGCUGGAACUGGUGAUAAUGUAGAUACUCCCAAAUUAAUCAAACCUCCUUCUAAAUGCCCCAGCAGCUCUCAGACUCGGCCCCUGUCCAGCCAAGCAUCUGUCCAGCCUGACCUGGAGAUCCCAGGGGGGAGCAAAGGAUGGCCCGAGCCCAUUAAUACUAGUCCGACCCCGGCUCUUUUCGUCCAGCUGCAUGGUGGAGCUGUGCGACGGCUGAAGGAUGAUGAGAGACCUCUUCAGAUAUUGAAUGAGUACCUCACUAAUCUGGGGUUUGAAGACCCAUGGAGGGUGCAGGGGGAGGGAAUGAACCCAGAAAUUGGCUGCCUGAUACGCUUCUACUUUGGCAAGCCUCGAAGUGUGGGUGGUUCUGAGCGCGUACAGCUUUCUGGGGUGUUCAACGUGCGGAAAGGGAAGCUGGCGCUGCCAGUGAACCGCUGGUCGAAGCGUCAGGUCACACUGAGUGGAACCUGCCUCAUUGUCUCAUCUGUGAAACACGCCCACACCGGCAAGAUGCACAUCCUCCCUCUCAUAGGAGGAAAGGUGGAGGAAGUGAGGAGACACAGCCACUGUCUGGCUUUCAGCUCAGCUGGUCCUCAGAGUCAGACUUACUACAUCAGCUAUGACUCGUACACAGAGCACCUCCGCUGGCAUCGGACGGCCUCAAAGAUUGCGUCCCAGAGGGUGAACUCGGUCGACCUGUCAUGCUGCAGCCUGGAGGAGCUGCCCGCUCAGCUCUUUUACAGCCAGGAUCUCACACACCUGAAUCUCAAAAAUAACUUCAUGUCGCUGCACAAAGGUGUUCCAGCACUCACCAGGUUUUGUAAACUGAGAAGCCUCAGUCUGUCAAAUAACGCGCUGUCAGACUUUCCCCUGGCCUUGUGUGACAUCACCUCGCUUACAGAGCUGAACCUGUCUGGAAACCGUCUCUCAUCUCUGCCUGCAGAAGUCGGAACCAUGCACAACCUGCAGACUUUUCUCCUGGAUGGCAACUUUCUGAGCUCUCUGCCCGUUGAGCUGGGCUCUCUGGAGGGCCUGACCUACCUUGGCUUGUCCUUCAACUGUUUCAGCUGCGUCCCCCCCGUCCUGGAGAAGCUCAGAGGCUUGGAGAGACUCUGUCUGGCAGGGAACCAGCUCUCCGUCCUGGAUACGGCCGGACUGCAGUGGCUGCCUGCUCGCCACAUAGAUCUCAGGCUCAACCGGCUUCAAAAGGUGACAGCGGGAGACCCGGAGCAGCUGGUCCACAUCGUCCAGCUGGACUUAAGGGACACUGGGUUACAGGAGCUGGAUGUCAGGCCUCUCUGUAAGCUGGAGCUCCUCCGCUGUGACAGAAACACUCUCUCCCUCCUCAGAGUCAGUGGCCACGCCCUCAAGAGCCUGCAUGCUGCACACAACGAGCUGAAGCUGCUGGAGGUGCAGCCGGUGCCAGAGAAUCUGACUGUUCUGGAUUUGUCUUGGAACAAGCUGGGAUGUGUCCCCGCCUGGGUGUGUGAGAGCAGCAGACUGGAGGUGUUGAACAUCAAUCAUAACUCUGUUACAGAGCUGCCCAUACAGCUGCUGUCCAGUGGGAGCCUGAGGAAACUGCUGGCAGGCUGGAACCAAGUGUGUCGGCUGGCAGAGAGGCUGGAGAGAUCACAGCUCGAGGUCCUGGACCUCCAACACAACUAUCUGACUGAGCUCCCACACAACCUGUUCAUCAAAGCACAGAGCUUGAGAUACCUAAAUGUGUCGGCCAAUAAGCUGGAGAACCUCCCUGCAGCCAGCCUAUCAGAGGACAGCUUCAGCAACCUGGAGGAACUCUAUGUGACCAAUAACGGCUUGACAGACAAGUGUGUCCCUCUGCUGACUGGACACGGCCACCUCAGGGUGCUUCACCUUGCCUACAACCAGCUGCAGACCUUCACUGCCAGUAAACUGGCACGACUGGAGCAGCUGGAGGAGCUGGACCUGAGCGGCAACAGACUGAGGGCCGUGCCCACCACCAUCCUCAGCUGUCAGCGUAUGCACACACUCUCCGCCCACUCCAACUGCAUCAACGCAUUCCCCGAGGUGCUCCAGCUGCCUGAGAUCAAGUGUGUCGACCUGAGCUGCAACGAGCUGACUGAGGUGACCCUGCCAGAAACACUUCCUCCAAAGCUUCAGGAGCUGGACCUCACAGGCAAUCCUCGCCUCAACCUGGACCACAAGAGCCUGGAGCUCCUCAAUAAUAUCAAAUGUUUCAGGGUGGAUCCAUCUCCUUCGGCCCCAUGCGUGAGUGAGAGCCACGGGGCCCCUGCAGUCUGGAGCCAUGGCUACACCGAGGCCUCUGGAGUCAAAAACAAGCUGUGUGUGGCUGCUCUGGCGCUGGACAGCUUCUGUGGAAUUCGUGAAGCUCUGUAUGGAGUUUUUGAUGGAGACAGGAACGUUGAGGUGCCUUACCUGCUGCAGUGCACCAUGGGAGACGUGCUAGCAGAGGAGCUGCACAGAGGCCAGAGGCAGGAAGAUUACAUGACCAACACUUUCCUCACCAUGCAGCGGAAACUGGGCACAGCAGGCCAGAGGAUGGGCGGCUCUGCGGCUUUAUGUCACAUCAGACACGACCCGGUGGCUCCAGGCGAGCACGGCGGCUGCUUCACCCUGAAGGCUGCCAAUGUCGGCAGGUGCCAGGCUGUUUUGUGCCGCGACGGUAAAGCUAUGCAACUCUCCACCACACACACCGUCAAAGAGGAGCCAGAGUACCAGAGGGUCCGGAAGUAUAACGCCAUCAUCACUGAGGAUAACAAAGUGAGUGGUGUAACAGACUCCACCAGAAUUAUGGGUUAUUCCUUCCUGUGCCCGUCUGUGACCCCCAGACCGCACGUCUCCACAGUGACCCUCACACCCCAGGACGAGUUCUUCGUCCUGGGCAGCCGAGGCCUGUGGGACAUGUUGUCUCCCAGCGAAGCAGUGGAGGCAGUCAGGAAUGUCCCGGACGCUCUGGCUGCAGCGAAGAAGCUAGUGACACUGGCUCAGAGCUACGGCUGCUCCGACAGCCUCAGCGCUGUGGUCGUCCAGCUCAGCAUCACCGAAGACUGCUGCUGUUUCUGUGAGCCGCCACCUCCCCCUCCCAGCCCCGGCCUGGGCGCACACGCCAGCACACACCCUUACUCAGCAAGUGGUGACGGCGGCAUACCGCUGCCGCCGGCCUCCUCAGGAACAGUGAGCGAGCUGAGCAGCGAGUUCAGCACCUCUGAGAUGAGCAGUGAGGUGGGAUCCACGGCAUCCUCAGAGGAGCCACCACCUCAGACCGAGCCUCUGACAUCCCACCUGAACCUGCCAGGACGAGCCGGCGUGCGGAGACCAGCCUGUGGAGGUGGGAGCUUCCACAGACAGUUCUCUGGAGCGCUGUCUGACAACGGAGUCGACAGCGAGGACGAGGAGCCCAUCGCUGGUGUCUUCUCUAAUGGCAGCCGUGUAGAAGUGGAAGCUGACGUCCACUGUCUGCGCCGCCAUGACUGCCCAGCACCCCAAACACACACUCAGCCAAGCACAAAUAUCCAUCCUGCUGUAGCCACACAUCACCAGCCUUCACCUCUUCCCUUCUCCUCCCCGUCUCCCUCCCCUGUCCCUCCCUCUUCUCCCUGCCUCAGCGGAGAGGUUCAGUCAGGCACUCUGGGCCGCAGGGCUCGAGCUAACGGCUCGGUGGCUUGCCAAGGAAGAAACCAGGACCUCAUAGAGGAGGCAGCUGAUGCCCCCGUCAGGAAGCAGGGAGGCUACUUCAACGCUCCUGCCCAGCCGGACCCCGACGACCAGCUCAUCAUUCCGCCAGAGCUGGAAGAGGAAGUCCGGCAGAUCAUCCAGCAGCAGCAGCAACAGCAACAGCAGCAGCAGGAACAAAUUCAAACACACAACCAGCAAGCACACAGCUACCAGAAACCUGCAGACUAUUUUGUCACACCCCUCUAACUUCUGCCCCCCCUCCUCAACAGCUGGUGUCAACCUCUUAUCCAGGAUUUUAGAUGGAGAACUGUGGAAUCAGGACUGUUGGUCUUGAUGCUCUGCAUUAAUUUGUACGGCUCCCUCCAAAAACCUCAGAGUAUUCUGAACAUGCUUCUGGACCAGAGAGACUGUGUUUUGUUAUUUACUUUAUUUUCUACUGUUAACUCUAUGCCCCUUGAAACGCAAUGCAAUUUUUUAUAACACUUUAUGUUGAUUAAAUCUUCACAUGUAAUUGAUUUUUACCAUAUCUUUAAUUUGAAGAAGCACUUUGAAUGCUUUUUAUUAGACUUUUGAGACUCUAUGUUAAAUGGUACUUUGAGACAUGGACCAUUCUGUUUUUGUGUUGUAGCAGACGUUUCCUCCGUUUGUUCGCGGCUGAUGGCCUUACAGUUGUUGGAGUUAGUAAACUGUUAAACUAACUCCUAGGAGUUUAAUACUUUAAAGUGACCUAGUCACUGAAGCGUACUAAUAUUCUCUGAGAGAAAAGAUGAUUAUUUCAAAAGGCUGAUAUUCCAGAUUUGUGUUCUCGGGGGCGUGCAGAGUUCAGAGUGGUGCUGCAGUGGUGAGUAAAUGCUGAACGGGGGGGAUCCUACAGUUCUUACCAGCUCAAUGAAUGUUCUCAGAACAGUGUUACAGACUUCUCAAAAAUGGCAAAUCGCACAAGAGAGCUACUUUUGCUAUAUGAUAAAUUAAAGUUUUCAGAUAACCAC